UUCGCUCGGUUUUAGGUUCCGCAGCUGUUAGUCGAGACCGAGAAGGUCGGAGAGGAGACGCUGUCCGCGCCAGGCCUGGGAUAGGGUCCACUGUGCCCGCGUCCCCCCCUCCUCUCCCGCCGUUCCCCGCCCCGUCCACAGUCCGAUGGCGGCGGCGGCGCUGAGGAACUCGCCUCAGGCCUGUGUGACCUUUGAAGACGUGGCCAUUUACUUCUCCCAGGAGGAGUGGGGGCUCCUUGAUGAGGCACAGAGGUUCCUGUACCAUGAUGUGAUGCUGGAGAACUUUGCACUUACAACAUCCCUGGAUUGUCAGUGUGGAGCAGAGGAUGAGGAGAUCCCUUCUGAGCAGAGUGUUUCUGGAGGAGAAUCACAGGUCAGGACUUCUCAGUCAGUUCCAUCGACCCAGAAGACUCAUCCCUGUGAGAAGUGUGUCUCAGUCUUGAAAGACAUUUUGCAGCUGACUGAGCUCCAGUCAGCAUAUCUUGGGCAGAAACCAUACUUUGGUGGGGGGUCCAGCGGCUUCUGGUUGAAUGCAAGCCUUCACCAGUAUCAGGAGCAUGGCAAUGGAGAGAAAAACUUUAAAAUGGACGUGGACAGGGCCUCGAUUGUGACGAGCUGCAGACUGCAUGUGUCAGGGAAGCCCUUCCCCUGUGGGGAGGAUGGAAAAGACUUCCUAGCUACCUUGGGCCUUCAUCAGCACCAGGCCGCUCCCAACAGUGAGAAGCCACACAGCAGCAUUGAGUCUGGGGAGGCCUUAAACAAUGGAAAAAGUCAUAACAAGUGGAUUGAAUGCAGGGAAGUUUUUGGCAACACUCAUAUACUUCACCACCAGAGAGUCUGCGCUGGAGAAAGUCUUGAUGAGUGUAGCAAAUGCAAAUACAGAUUUGUUCAGCACCAACAAAUUCACGUUGGAGAAAGGCCUUAUGAGUGUAGUGAAUGUGGGAAAUUCUUUAGCCGUAAAACCCACCUCAUUCGACACUGGAGGGUUCACACAGGAGCAAAGCCUUAUGAGUGCAGUGAAUGUGGGAGGUCUUUUAGCCAGAAAUCUGACCUCAUUCAACACCAAAGAGUUCACACUGGAGAAAGGCCUUAUGAGUGCAGUGAAUGUGGGAAAUCUUUUAUCCAGAAAUCCAUCCUCAUUAAACACCAGAGAGUUCACACUAAUGAAAGGCCUUAUAAAUGCGAUGAAUGUGGGAAAUCGUUUAGCCAAAGUUCUGGCCUCCUUCGACACAAGAGAGCUCACACAAGAGCAAGGCCUUAUGAGUGCAGUGAAUGUGGGAAAGCCUUUAACUGUAAAACCCACCUCGUUCGACACUGGAGAGCUCACACAGGAGUUAGGCCUUAUGAGUGCAGCGAAUGUGGAAAAUCUUUUAGUGAGAAAUCUGUCCUCAUUCAACACCAAAGAGUUCACACUGGAGAAAAGCCUUAUGAGUGCAGUGGAUGUGGGAAAGCCUUUAGCCAGAAAUCUGUCCUCAUUCAGCACCAGAGAGUUCACACAGGAGAAAGGCCUUAUGAGUGCAGUGAAUGUGGGAAAUCCUUUAGCCGCAAAACGCACCUCAUUCGACACCGGACGGUGCACACUGGAGCAAGACUUUUUGAUUGCAGUGAAUGUGGGAGAUCCUUUACUCAGAGCUCUGCCUUCUGCCGCAAACGUACACUUGUUCAGCACCAAAGAAUUCACUCUGGAGGACUGUAUGAGUGCAGUGAAUGUGGGAAAACCUUCACUUACAAGCACACAUUUCUUCGGCACAAGACGCUUCAUACUGGAGAAAGGCCUUUUGAAUGCAGUGAAUGUGGGAAGGCCUUCAGGUUCAAAUAUAAACUUGUUCAGCACCAGCGUAUUCACACUGGAGAAAGGCCUUAUGAGUGUGCCGAAUGUGGGAAAGCUUUUGGGUGCAAAUCCAAACUUGUUCGGCACCAGAGAAUUCACACUGGAGCAAGGCCUUAUGAGUGUACUGAAUGUGGCAGAUUCUUUAGACAAAGCUCCAGCCUUGUUCAGCACCAGAGAAUUCACACAGGAGCAAGGCCUUAUGAAUGUGGUGAAUGUGAGAAAUCUUUUAGCCAAAGCUCCAGCCUCAUUCAGCACCGCAGAAUUCACACUGGAGAAAGGCCAUAUGAAUGCAGUGAAUGUGGGAAAUCCUUUAGCCAAAGCUCCAGCCUCAUUCAACACCGAAGAGUUCAUACAGGAGCAAGGCCUUAUGAGUGCAGGGAAUGUGGGAAAUCCUUUAGCCAAAGCUUCAGCCUCAUUCUACAUCGGAGAAUUCACACUGGAGAAAGACCUUAUGAAUGUGGUGAAUGUGGAAAAUCUUUUAGCCAAAACUACAGCCUCAUUCAGCACCAUAAACUUCACACUAGAUAAAGGCCUCAAGAGUACAGCCAACAUGAGAAAGCCUUCAGUUAACAGUCUGCUCUGAUUCAACACCAAAAUCUCACAACUCAGAUCUAAGUUUUAGGAAUUCAGCUAAUGUGGAAAAAAUACCUUCUGCGUGAGGAAAUCUACAUAAGAUAAUGGCCUUAGACCUUCAGGGAAUGUGCUAUCUCUUUGCUCAGUUUGAUAGCACUAGAGAGCCUCUAUGAGGAGCCAUCUGCCAUGAGUUCCAGGUAUGUGAGAAAUUUUCAGGAGUGGCAUUUCAUAUUUUACCUGCUCAGGAACCUUGCCAUAAUUAAGUCACUGCCAGGUUCUGUGGCAGAAGUCAACUCGCCUCUACCAUCUGGCAGGUCCUCAUAGUGUGCAUCAGUCACCACAGCAUGCUCAGAGAAGACAGAUGUUUGUGCUCUCUCUCCCAUUCUCUAGAGGAAAUCAUAGUCCAAGCCCCUAGGGAGUUCCCAUUCCCUUCUCUCUAACUAGUUAUGGCACGGACCUGACCCAGUUUGGGCCCAAAGGACCCAGUCUGGGAACUGCUGGUGGCUUGUAAAGUUUUCCUUCUUCAUGGCGUUGUUGGUCUUAGGUGAUACUUUUGAAGCAUUUUCUAUCCUCCAAGUCGCCAACCUGGGAACGAUCUGCUGCAUAUUGCUCUGAUUUGUAUAAUAAUAAAAAUCUUAUUGUUUAAGUCA